AUGACAGAACAAAUCUCCACUAUGGUUGUCGCAAUAUUUCUAUUAUUUGCCAUUGCAUCUGCUCAGUCAGAAAAUCAUCGGCAAGAUGGUACUUCGUUAUCAUCUUCAAUAGAUGAUUUAUUAUCGAUGUUUAAAGUAAGAUCAGAAAGAGUAUACAGACAAGCAACAGCACAUCAGAAGAGUAAUGUUUUCAAAUUUACUAAUCAUAAAGUUAAUACGGCUCAUUAUGUGAACGUAUCCAAAACCGGAAUCGAAAAAUCAGCUAAUGAUGCUGUGGUUAGAGUGUACGGUGAAGCAAAUCCAAGAAAAACAGAUGAAUAUUUACUGGAUGUUGAAACAAAUACACAAAUUAUGAAUCUCGAAGAUCAUGCAACAUCAUUGUCAUCAUCUGGCAAGAAUAUUCAUCAGUUAUCAAUAAGUGGUUAUGGGCCACCGGGGGAAGAACCGGAAACAGCAGAGAUGGACCAAAAAGUUGAAGUAAUGCAAGUAUCAUUGAGUCCCGAUGUUGUAAAUCCAUAUGGUGGUGGUGUUCCGGAAACUGAAGCAGAGCAACGAGCAAUCAUUGCGGAAACCUCAUCGACGAGUAUCAGAGAAGACAGCGGGCUUUCCUCUAUCACAACAAGCAAAGGAGCUACAAGUUCUAUGGAAUCUGAAGAAAGAUUUAAGGAAACGGGAGAAGGCGUAACUGAAUCAAACGUGAGUAAUGGGGAACUGAUAGAAGAUACCAAGGUGGCUUGUGCGGAAGAUUGUAAAACAUCCACGGGAACAGAUAAAGGUAAAAUGGUUACUGAACUACGUGAGGUUUCUAUUGGUAGUCAAGAAAGCAGUGCAGUGUCAUUAACAGAUGAUGAAAACGAAAGUUAUGGUGCCAGCACUGAGCAAUUUGAAAGUAAGAGUAUCGGUACUGAAGUUGCUGGAAUGUCAACAUUUGAGGACGAGAAGACAGAAUCAGUACUUGAAGGACAUGGUGCAGUAUCGGAAGCUGUGAGAGCCAAAACAGCACUGAAAACAGAAGCACAAAAGAUUCCAAGUAAGGCUACUGAAGUUGCACAGUCCGAAUCACGUGCAGAAUCGUCCACCAUUGACAGCAUCACACAUGCGCAAACAAAACCAGUGAAUCUACAAACCGUUGCAGGAGAUUUCGGUUAUGGAGUGGGCUCUGAAACUGUCAAAGAGGUAUCGGGUGCUGAGGAAAAUCCCAGUAGCAUUUCAGGUAAUUUGCCAGGAACUCAUGUAGUAGAACCAGUAGUAAUAUCCGGUGUCGGAGAGACAACUUAUGAUGCUGCAAAUUCAAAAGUAAGUGGCGAAGAAACAAAAAAUACGGAAUGUGAAAACGCUAAGCUAGAUUCAAGCACUGAAGGAAUUUAUUCCUCUCAAGAAAAGAUCACAGAGACAAAAGUAUCAGAAGACACAUAUCAAAAUCAAGAAAGUGUCACUGGAACCGACAUAGCUGCAUACCAAAAUUUCAGUCAAAUAACUUUGCUUGAGACAGAAAAGAGUACCGACCAAUCCGUUUUAACAACACAAUCGUUGCUAACUGAGGAAGCUACAAGUGAACUAUUUACUUCGCCGGUAACGAAUAGUACUAUAACAGAUACCUCAUACAGUGCAACUGAAGGGGUUGUUGUCUCAAAAGCAGAAACUUCUCCAGUCAUCGAAUCAACAGAAGGAAUUUCGGGUUAUGAAACUUAUAAUAAACCAGAAGGUUUACCUAAAUUAGGUUUACCCGGAUUGAACGAAGAAUCGGCAUCUCAACUGUCGAAAUCGAUUGAGGAAGCAACUACUCUGUCUAGAACAAAUACAGAAACCGAAAUAACGGACGGAAAAAGAAGUACAGCAUUGGAAGAUACAGUAACAGAACCAGAUCUUCAAGAUUCAACAGAACAUAGCGCGGGAGUAAGCGAAACGACAGGAUUUUUCAAGGAAGCAUCUCUUACAUCUGUUGAACAGUUACCAGGAUAUGGUGCAGUGAUACCAGAAUAUAUUGCAGGAUCGACAUACGGGGAAGAAGAAGCUACAGAUUUGCAAAAAACAAGUGAGGAAAUUGAACCAUCUUCUAUAGCACCAUAUGAUACUGAAACAGGUCAUGCUGAGGAAAAAAUUGUACAUGAUGAUACAUCAACAACAUCAAGCGAAGUAUUUAUAAGUUCUGUAUCUGCUGAGUAUGGAGCCACUGGAUUAUUUAAGGCUUCAGAAUCCAUGGAAGGCACAACAGCGUCAGAAGGAACAAUGGCAGUAGAAGAAACGAGUGAAAUAUCAAAAUAUGAUGAAGGGUUAGUAGGAUAUGGUGAAGCAGGUACUAGUGAACAGGUAUCAAGUGAAGAAGCUUUAACUGGAUCAGGAAUUAUUGCCACAAAAACCCCUGAAGAAGUUAUACAACCAAGUGAAUUGUUAACAAGAAUAUCGGUCGUUUCCGAACAGCCCAUAAAAUACGGUGGAGAAACUUUAGCAUCAGAAUCAACGAUAAAAGGAACGGAAACUAGCGAUGUAACAACACCUUUUAUUGAACAAGCAGUUCCAAGCGAAACAAUUGUAUCUGGAGAAAGUGUCAGAACUGCGGAACAACCUUUAGGAUAUGGAGAAUUAUCAGUAACUACUGAUACUGAUGGUUCUUAUGAGUCUAAUAAAGAAGCACCUCUCGAACAACCUACAACUCAUGGAGAACAAGCAAUGAGGUAUGGGUCAAGUACAAUAAGAAUUAGUGCUGAAGAUUUUGGUUAUGGUGGAGGAGAAGAAGGAAUCACUGAGAGGAGCAAUAAAUUGCACUCAGUACCUACCAUAAAUGCAGAAGAAACAACAGAAAGUCCGAGUUCAAGCCAACAGUAUGCAGAAUUUAGUGAGAGUGAGGGAGCUAAAAAAUCUACUGGAGGAGAAGCUGAUUACGUCAAAGGCGCUAGUGUGACGGAAUCUACCAAACAACUUACAAGUGGAGAAAUAGCAGCAACAAGCGAAAGCAGUGGGAGUGCGCCAGGAUACGUUGCUACCGGAGUACUAUUUAACCCUUCGGAUUAUUAUCCCGCAGGUGAGGAGCCAACUAAUGAGUUGUCACGAUCUGAUAAAGAACUGACAGGACAACAGGAAUUCGUAGCAAAUACCUCAAUUUCAAUACCAGAAUCUAGUGAAAAAGCAAGAGUAGGUGAAGAAACUACAAGCUUCACAAGUUUGACAGAAUCACCAGCUUCUGAUUAUGCAGUUUCUGAGGGUGAAAAAUUCACAGAAGCUCCUAUUGCUGAAACAGUAUCAGCCGAAAUAGAAUCCAAUAAAAUCUCAACAGAUACGGAUGAUUUUGGCUACGGUGGAGGAGUUCAAAAGGUAACGGAAGCAGAAUUAAUUGGACAAACUCAGGAUUCCAAAACUUCGGUAGCAAUGGCUGAAUCUACCUUAACAACACAAGGAAUGCAAUUUACUGAUGGAACAAAAACUGAAUCCAUCCAGCAACCUUCAGCAACAGAAACUUCACCAGUGGGAUGUCUUACAGGAAAUGAAACAAAUUCUACAAUCGGAAGCGCUGAAACUUCCUUACAAUACUCUGCCAGUGUAGGCAACACUUCAACACAUUCGGGUGUAAUUCAUGAAACCGUGAAAACUGCGGAAGCUUCAGAAACUGGUAGUUCUAUUAUUCCUGGCCAAACAUUUUCACGGUAUGCUUCGGAAAGCACACUGAUGCAUAUAAUAACGAGUGCAGCAGAAACGCCGGUACCGCAUAGCAUAAGUGAAGAAGCUCCAAAAGUUAUUGCAAUGACGAAGGUAACGAAAACGGGUCUUUCGAAACUAACCGGUGACACAAGUGCUGUAACGGAAGAAGCAAAAGAAGUUACUGGUAUGGAAACUACAGACAAAUCUAAUUUAGAAACUACUAAAGAAUUUAAAGUUGAAGGUACUAAAUCCAUGGAAACAUCAGAUAAAGUAGAAAAUGAAAUGGGCAGCAUUUCAUCAAAAACUACUUGGAUAGGCCCUGAAUCAAUGACAACCACUGCAGGAAAUACUGUAUCAGAGUUUUAUGCAGAAAAUAGUGCAGAGAUUCCAGCCAAAAUACCUAUUGGUCCUGAAGAUUUCGGAUAUGGAAGCGAAAACGAAUUGAGUUCAUCCAUAUCGUCAAAUGCAGAAUCAGUUAUGACAUUUGGGCCAAAGUUAUCAUCCAAUGUUAUUGAAACUUCAUUUGCUCCAGAAUUAGCAGUUAGCAGCGAAUAUACAAGUUCCGAAACGUUCAUUGCAUCAGAAUCUAAAAGCAGUGAAGAACUGCUCAGUGCAACAGUUCCGUCAGUUACAUCAAAUGUAGUGACAGAAUCAUUUACUGCAACCCAGAAAAUGUUGGAGAUGGAAAAAGAAAGUAUAGCAAGAGAAGAAGAAAGAAAUAUCCCAAGCAGAAUUCCGACUGAUGCAAAACAAUUCGGAUACGGUAGUGAUACAGAAGAACAAAGUAUUACAGGAUCUAGUCGUCCAAGUUCCAUUUCAAAAGGUGAUUUUUAA